AUGGCAGAUAGUUGCCAUUAUUUCCGCCAUAGUGCCGCUAAUGAAUACAUAUAUUUCCCAAAGGAUAAAUAUUGCAACAAGUGCAAAUACAUUUGGAAAGCUGUAAGUGAACCCCUCUGUAUUGUUAAAGCUCUCGGUAUUGGUGUACAUGUCUGUGGUAGUAUUGGUGAAGUUCUGUGUGGUGGAAGUGGUGAAUCUCUCGGUACUGGUGGUGGAUUUUUUGGUGUAAGUGUAGCUAUCUGUGCUGGUGUGCUUGUCUGGGGUGGUAUUGCUGACACACUCGUAUUGACUGAUAUAACGUGCUGCACUGGCGCAGGUUAUUUGUUGGUCCAAGCAUCCACAAUGUGUGUUGCCUAUGUUGUUUUGAACAAGCGUUCCAUUGUACGCAUUAUUCGUCCCCUUGCAGAUACAGUAAGUCGGUCCUAUGUUGAAAGUGUUUCCCCCCUCAUAAUAAAAGAAAUUGCCUUGAUUGUAUCAAACAUGUUGGUCGAAAAAAAUGCAUUACACGUAGUUGGUUAUGUUGCCGCUAAAGCUUGUACCAGGCGUGAAGCUGACAUUUUUGACGUACGACUAACAGCAUUUUGUCUCUUCAUUUCCUUUUACCCUUGGGAUUAA